AGACACCCGGCGGCUGAUCACCAAGCCGCAGAACCUGAACGACGCCUACGGGCCGCCCAGCAACUUCCUCGAGAUCGAUGUGAGCAACCCGCAGACGGUGGGGGUCGGCCGGGGCCGCUUCACCACCUACGAAAUCAGGGUCAAGACAAAUCUUCCCAUUUUCAAGCUGAAGGAAUCUACUGUUAGAAGAAGAUACAGUGACUUUGAAUGGCUGCGAAGUGAAUUAGAAAGAGAGAGCAAGGUUGUAGUUCCCCCACUCCCUGGGAAAGCGUUUUUACGUCAACUACCUUUUAGAGGAGAUGAUGGAAUAUUUGAUGACAGUUUUAUUGAGGAAAGGAAGCAAGGGCUGGAGCAGUUUAUAAACAAGGUCGCUGGUCAUCCUCUGGCACAAAAUGAACGUUGUCUUCACAUGUUUUUACAGGAUGAAAUAAUAGAUAAAAGCUAUACUCCAUCUAAAAUAAGACAUGCCUGAAGUUUGGCGAGAAGGGGCAAAACCAUGACUAUUAAGUGAUUCAUAUGCACCAGUGAAGAAGUCCUAACUAACUUUCAGCAUGCUGCACAGAAGCUGGUAUAACCUGCCUUCAGUAUACUAACACUCAUAUGCUCAGUUUUGUUUUGUUCUGGCAGUUGGCAAGAAGUUAAUUUGCUUUGGUGAAAAUUCCUCAUUCCAGCUUUUCUAUAUAAUAGCUCUCUCUGCUGUUUUAAUGUGGUGCACACUAUAGCCUCGCAAACCUGUCACUCCAAUAUAAUCUGCAGUGUUCUCACUAAAGUUACUGACUUGCUCUUAUUUGCAGUUUUUGUGUCAUGUUUGCUUCUUGAAUCUGAUGAACUAGAAUAUUUCUCUUUCCCCCUUUUACUGUGUGACAUCA